AUGUACAGUCAGAUCCGCGUCCUCAAGGAUGGCUACUACCUGAACUGGCUGCAGCGUCUACACAAGAACCGGCCCAAGACAUUCAGCAUCAGCUUCUUUGGCAUCAGGCAGAUCUGCACCCUUGAGAUCGAGAACCUCAAGGAGUUCGCGCGCUACCUGGUCAAUUCCUUCUUCUACCGCGAGGUCUACUCGAGAAUCGACCUCAUGACACUGUUGCCCCAGGAAGACGGCGUGACGUUUGACGCACAGCCCUUGAUCCAACGAUGGUCCCUCGACUUGACUAGCGAUUUGAUUUUUGGCCAGAACAAGGGCUCCAUAGGCGAGCCUUCCAAGGCUGAUAUCGCCUGGGCCAUGCUGACUAUCCUCAAGGGUGGCCGCCUCCGCAUCCAAUUUCACCGCCUCUUGUGGGCCUUCAAAGCGCGCCUAUGCUGA